GGCAAGCGUGACGGCUCAUCGUCAUCUUCCCUCCAUUAAAUCGGCAGAUCGACUCGGUGUCCGCAUCUCUCCACUUCUCCAACCAAUUGCCCGAUUCAUCGAUCUCUCAUCGUUCGUUCGCUCUAGCUAGGUUGAAGACUCGGGAGUCUAGCUAGCUGCUGUCGAGAGUGAUGGCGUCGUCUGUUCCCGAGGAUGGUGCUAGCGCUGCUGCUGCGGCCGCUACUGCUGACCCUGCUGCUGCUGCGGCUGAGGCUCCCGGGCGACGCAUCGUGGUGGCCGUGGACGAGAGCGAGGAGAGCACGCACGCGCUCACCUGGUGCCUCGCCAACGUCGUCUCCUCCUCCGGCGGCGACACGCUCGUGCUGCUCCACGCCCGCCGCCCCCGCCCCGUCUACGCCGCCAUGGACAGCUCAGGGUACAUGAUGACCUCGGACGUGAUGGCGAGCAUGGACAAGUACGCCGCCGCCGUCUCCGCCGCGGCGGUGGGCAAGGCCAAGCACAUCUGCGCCGCUUUCCCUCACGUGACGGUGGAGACGAUGGUGGAGAGCGGGGACCCGCGCGACGUCAUCUGCGACGCCACCGAGAAGAUGGCCGCCGAUCUGCUGGUCAUGGGCACCCAUGGAUACGGCCUCAUCCAGAGGGCGUUCCUGGGAAGCGUGAGCAAUCACUGUGCGCAGAACUGCAAAUGCCCAGUGCUGAUUGUCAAGAGGCCAAAAUAAUAGUUGCUAAGUAAUAUACUUAGUACUGGUAAUAAAGCUCAACUAAUGCAGAGCUUGCUAGUUUGAUGUUUGUAAAUAUUGGCAUGUCAUGCUUGGUUUGUUGAUCGAGAACAAAAGCUAUAUGUUGUUUGGUGGCAUGGCAGCGUUCGAUGUUCAGCGACCGAUGCGGAUCUGCGGAUCUGUUGGCACCUUGUAAUGGUUGAAAUUUGCAGGCUAUUUGACUUUUUCUAUGCAUCUGAGUAAUUUUAAUUCACAAA